AGCUUGACCAGUAUUUACUUGCCCAAAGAAAUGGUAGAUUCAACUACAAUCAUUUUAGAUGAUAACCAGGUUUCAAAUUUUCAAGCCUUGCAUAAUGUUUUGUCAUUGGAGAAGCUUUCAGUUGCAAGGAACAAUCUUGUGCAAAUUGAUCAGAUAACCCAUCUUUCAAAUCUCCGAGUGCUUGACCUCAAAGAAAAUAAUAUCAUAUCAGCAGAAGGCCUGUCAAACCUCACACAUUUGGAGUGGCUAUGUCUUUCAGGAAAUAAAAUCACAGAUAUCAGGAGUCUGAGCAAGAAUACAUCUUUGCAUCAUCUGGAUCUUUCAAAUAAUGGCAUCACAGAAAUUAAGGAUAUCUCUUCUUUGAUUCAUUUAAAGACUUUGCUACUUGAAGGAAACAAGUUAAGCAGUUUAAAAGAGUAGGUAAUUUUGUAUGUUCUAGAAACGUAGG